CGGAACAAAAUGAGGGCAAGAUAAUGGAUGGACUAACCGUCUGCAUGUCCUUGAGAGGACACAGCCCCAGUUCUGCCUCCUGCUGUUCCUCUCUGUGGCCACCAGAGGUCCGAGUGCAGCACUGCCUCGGUGGAGGAGGAUACUUUUCAGAGAGCAGUCCCCUGCAGUGUGCAGAUUUCUCCUCCUUUGACUGGGAUGGAUAUGGAGCUCACUGGGGUCACAGCUCCAGCCGGGAGAUCACUGAGGCAGCUGCGCUCCUGUUCUACCGCUGAGAGCUGUGCUGUGAGACGUGGAACCCAGCUCCUAAGCCCAGACCCUCAGAGAUGGAAAAAUAGAACGCUAACAAAGAGA